GUAAAAACUGUUGAGAAGCGCUGACACACACUCUCCCAGGGCCUUUGUUGGAUUCAGGAUCACCUCUAAACUUCGUCUCUUCUGUCUUCACAUUGAAGAUGCUUCACAGUUUGAAGCCCUGUGAGUUGCAGACUGGAGGUUUCUGCUUUGAAAACAGCCGCAGAAAUACAGUGUUGGAGGCCAGUUUGUCAGAGGUCGGCUACAAAGCCCCCAGUGCCAGAAAGACAGGGACCACCAUCGCUGGGAUCGUUUACAAGGAUGGUGUGAUUCUGGGAGCAGACACCAGGGCCACAGACGACAUGGUGGUGGCUGACAAAAACUGCAUGAAGAUCCAUUACAUUGCUCCAAAGAUCUACUGCUGUGGCGCCGGCGUGGCUGCGGACGCUGAGAUCACCACGCAGAUCAUGUCAUCCAACGUGGAACUGCACACGCUCAACACGGGGCGACCCCCCCUCGUUGCCAUGGUAACCCGGCAGCUGAAACAGAUGCUGUUCAGGUAUCAGGGUCACGUCGGUUCAUCUCUGAUCGUAGGAGGGGUCGAUGUGACCGGAGCUCACCUGUACAGUGUUUACCCCCACGGCUCCUAUGACAAACUGCCUUUCCUCACCAUGGGCUCUGGAGCUGCAGCCGCUGUCUCUGUUUUUGAGGACAGAUUCAAGCCAAACAUGGAGCUGGAGGAGGCGAAGCAGCUAGUAAAAGAUGCCAUCACUGCAGGGAUUUUCUGUGACCUGGGUUCAGGCAGCAACGUGGACCUGUGUGUCAUCACCAAAGCUGGAGUGGAGUACCUGCGAGGCUACGACAAGCCCACGACGAAGGGGAAGAGAGAGGGACAGUACAGGUAUAAGCCCGGCACCACGGCUGUCCUGACCAAAACGGUGACCCCGCUCUCUCUGGAUGUGGUCAGUGAAUCUGUUCAGGUCAUGGACACUGAAUAAAAGACAAUAAAUGCUCCUAGUGGAUUAAAAGCUUUUCAAUAUGUACAAAUACAUCAGUUGAGUAAAUGAAAGGAAAGACAGGUGUGGUCAAAGGAAUCAGACAAGAUUGUUCUCUAGUCUCUCUAAAGCACCAACUGUAAAGGAAGUAGUUAUGUAAUAAAAGCUUUUGUUUGUUAAGUGA